AUGCCCGAUCAAAGCGAUUACACGAAUGCUAAACUAGUUUUCUUCGACUUGGAAACGACGGAUCUAGAUAAUAAUCAUCCAGAAAUGACGCAAAUUGCAGCUUGUUCAAAAGAUGAAAUUUAUAGUGCCUAUGUUAUUCCUUCAAGAGGUGUACCAAAGCGCAUCAAUGAUAUCACUGGUUUUCAGGUUAUUGGGGACGAGAUGUUUUACGAUGACACAUUAUUAAAAACUGUGUCACUGCGAGUUGCAUUCGAAGACUUUUUAACAUUUUUGCAUCAACAAGACAACAAUGUUAUACUUGUAGCUCAUAAUGAAUACAGAUUGGAAUUUCCAUUAUUAUUAAGGACUUUAUCGAGACUCCAUUUGCUGGAACAAUUUAAGACUAUUGUAAGUGGAUUCAGAGAUACACUGAACAUCUUUCACAAAGUUUUUCCAGCACGUAAGAAAGAAAAAAAGUCUUUUUCUCAAACGUUUCUAGCUACGGAUUAUUUAGGUUCGGAAAGCGUAGAGGGAGUGGACAAUGCUCUUACAGAUAUCAAUACUUUGCAAAAGCUUAUUGCUAAAAUUAAAAUUGACAAUUCAAUAAUUAUCAAUCUCACUCAGAGUAUUUUCGAUUUUUUACGCAGUGAAGCUUUGAAAACUACCCACUCUACUAACAAAAUUUCUUUGGAAUAUCUCAAAGAUUGUAUUUCAUCUAAUAUGUUAUCACGAAUAGCAAAAGCAGGUAUUAAUCGUAAUAUACUUAUUGAUGUUUACAAAGCAAAAGGUCCAAAAGGAAUAGAAGUCCUGCUUGGUGAAGGUGUAAGAGGUCGACCGCGACUUACGAAACAUAAAAGUGUAUUGCCACGUUGA